AUCUCAAGCGCGCGAUGGUGAUUGGAGCUUCCAGUGGCUAUUUCUGCACGCGCAACAGCGGAUCCGCGGCGUUUCGGUGCCGUUUCUUUGACCAGUCUGAACCAUGAGCGUCUGGACUGAAGUGUGUCUGGUGUGUUCGGCUUUACCUGUGAAAACCUCCGGCUUUGUGUUAGUUCGGAAGGAAGCGGUGUCAGUGUUUGAGACGCGUGUCCAUGAGCGGAGGAAUGACGCGCCCUGCUCUCAAACUCCUCACAACUUUAUUCGCGUGUUUCAUACAAAUGCACAACUUCAGGAUAACAGAAGGAAAAGAGUCCGAGAGGGCUUCUUCAUCGACAAUGUCCCCGUCUGAUUUCCUGGACAAGCUAAUGGGGAGGACGUCUGGUUAUGAUGCCCGUAUAAGACCCAACUUUAAAGGUCCCCCUGUUAACGUCACGUGCAAUAUUUUCAUCAACAGCUUUGGCUCAGUGACUGAGACGACUAUGGACUACAGGGUGAACAUCUUCCUGAGGCAGAAAUGGAACGACCCUCGUCUGGCGUACAGCGAGUACCCGGACUCUUCUCUGGAUCUGGAUCCCUCCAUGCUCGAUUCCAUCUGGAAACCGGACCUGUUCUUCGCCAAUGAGAAAGGCGCAAACUUCCAUGAUGUCACCACAGAUAACAAACUCUUGAGGAUCUUUAAAGAUGGAACGGUUCUGUACAGCAUCAGAUUGACAUUAAUAUUGUCAUGCCCAAUGGACCUAAAGAACUUUCCCAUGGAUGUACAGACAUGCACAAUGCAGCUGGAGAGUUUCGGCUACACAAUGAAUGAUCUGAUCUUCGAGUGGCUUGAUGAAGGUCCCGUUCAGGUGGCAGAUGGUUUGACUUUACCACAGUUCCUCAUCAGAGAUGAGAAAGACCUGGGCUACUGCACCAAACACUACAAUACAGGUAAAUUCACCUGUAUUGAGGUGAAGUUUAAUCUGGAGCGUCAGAUGGGUUAUUACCUCAUCCAGAUGUACAUCCCCAGUCUGCUGAUCGUCAUCCUCUCCUGGGUCUCCUUCUGGAUCAACAUGGAUGCGGCGCCGGCUCGGGUCGCCCUCGGCAUCACCACCGUCCUCACCAUGACGACACAGAGUUCCGGCUCGCGAGCUUCACUGCCAAAGGUUUCCUAUGUGAAGGCCAUAGACAUCUGGAUGGCCGUGUGUCUGCUGUUUGUCUUCGCCGCUCUACUGGAAUACGCCGGCGUAAACUUUGUGUCCAGACAACAGAGGGAAUUUCUUCGCUUGAAACGAAGGCAAAGACGAAAUCAAAAGGAAGAUGAAUUACAAGACGGACGUUUGCACUUCCCUGUCUACAACCUGACUUCCUGUGUUAAGGACGGUACCGCGGUAAAAACUGCGACGACUAACACAGUUCAGCAGCCGCCAAUCCUGAAGAACACGGAACCGAACAGAAAGAAGUUUAUCGACAGAGCGAAGAGAAUUGACACGAUAUCUCGUGCUGCGUUUCCUCUGGCAUUCCUCAUCUUCAACGUCUUUUACUGGAUAACGUUCAAGAUUAUCAGACAUGAGAACGCCAGGAAAGUCUAGUUUGUCGGUAUAGUUUUAUUUCCCUUGUGAUUUUCAUGAGAACGCUGAGAAGAUCCAUUGAAGGGUGGUCAUUUGUACUUUCUGUCAGGGAUAAAAUUACUAACCGAUUUUGUGAAAACACUGUGUACGUCCCAUGAGAUCACUGGAGAUGUAUGGCAGCAAGUGGGAAUAUUUAAUUAAGGAAUUAAAGUGCAGUAUUGUCUAAAUGUAAUGUGAUGCAGUAUUCAAAUAUAUAAAGCUCCAGAGAGAACAGCAGUU